AUGGAGUUUGAGAAGGCGUGGGAGGACAGGAACCCGCGGAAAGCCUAUGCUCCACUAAAACAGUAUAGCGGCAAAAUGAAAAGAUGUUCCCCUGUCCUCAACACUGCCAAUGGAGUAGCUGUCGGUAAAGUAACCCUUCCAGUUUGGAAGGAACACUUCAAGACCUUGCUGAACCGGCUAGCACCGUCAGUUCCUGAACUCGAACACGUUCAUAGACCGACGUAUGCGGUUAACGAAGGGCCACCGACCGAGUCGGAGGUCCUGGUCUAUAUUCAAAAAAUGAAGAAUGGAAAGCAUUUCUGCGCUAAUCCCGUCGUCUCUGGUGGAGACGACGGGAUUAGCGCAGAAAUGCUAAAAUAUCUUCCUCCAUCUGGGAUCCGUGAAAUGACAAAGAUCAUCCGUUCAAUAUGGAUAGACGAAAGGAUACCUGAUUUGUGGAGACGCGCUACUAUAAUUCCCCUGCACAAGAAGUUAUCCGUCACGAACCCCAGGAAUUAUCGAAGAAUCUCUUUGUUGCGCUUUAUGUACAAGGUAUUGUAG